CUGAGCAUGUGAGAGAGGGGGGGAAGCAGCAGGGGCUGCAGAGCUGCAGCCGCUCUCAGCAGCGAGCCUUCCACGAGAUGGAUGCGGCUGGUGAGACCCCCGUGGGGACCCUCCCUGGGGAAGAGAACCCCGAGAUGGAUCUGUCCCACCGGCUCUCAAAGAGAGAGCUGACCCUGCUCUAUGAGGAGGUCCUCUACACCAUCCAGCACCGCUUGGGCAAGCCUGAGCACCACCAUGUCAUGGAUUCCCAGGAGCUCUAUGCCUACGUUCAAAAGGCUUUUGGCAUGGAUGAAGAGGAGCACAGUGUCAUCAUGCAGCAGGUCAAGGAACUGGAGAGCCCAAUUUUCUGCCUGAAAGCAACCGUGAAGGAAGCCAAGGGGAUUUUGGGUAAAGAUGUCAGUGGGUUCAGUGACCCUUACUGCCUGCUGGGCAUCAAGACCAAGAGCCAGGAACUUGCCAACCCUGACCACAAGAAGCGGAUGAAGGCUGUGGUCAAAGACCUCAUCCCUGAAGACCAGAUCCAUCGCACACAAGUUAUAAGCCAGACCCUCAGCCCGGUGUGGGAUGAGACAUUUAUCCUGGAGUUUGAAGACAUGGAGACAGCCAGCUUCCACCUGGACAUGUGGGACUCGGACAUGGUGGAGUCAGUGCGGCACAAGCUGGGGGAGCUGACAGACCUCCACGGCCUCAAACGGAUCUUUAAAGAUGCUCGCAAAGACAAAGGGCAGGAUGAUUUCCUGGGGAAUGUGGUCCUUCACCUGAAGGAUCUGCACUGCUGGAAUGACCGAUGGUACCAGCUGGAGCCACGAACGGAGACGUACCCAAACCGGGGACAGUGUCACCUGCAGUUCCUGCUUACACACAAGAAGAGGGCCACCACGAGCAGUCGAACACAGCCAAGCUACGCUGUCCAUCGCCACCUCCUGCAGCAGCUGGUGUCCUAUGAGAUCCUUCAGCACCAGGCCGGCAACAUUGACUGGGGUGGGGAGCUGAGCAGGCAUGCCAGCACCGUGCUGUACCUGCAUGCCACGCAGAAGGAUCUCUCUGACUUCCACCAGGUCAUAGUGAGGUGGCUGGCAUACAGCAAGCUCUACCAGAGCCUGGAGUUCAACAGCAACUGCCUGCUCCACCAGAUCACCAGUAUUGAGUACCAGUGGGUACAGGAGCGCCUGAGGCCAGAGCAGAAAGCAGAGGUGGCCGAGUCCUUCCAGUCCUUGCUGACUUAUGGGGUCUCCCUCAUUCGGAGGUACCGCAUCAUUUUCCCGCUUUCUGUCCCAAGGUCCACAGAGAGACUCCAGUCCCUGCUCCGAGUCCUGGUCCAGAUGUGCAAAAUGAAAGCUUUCCAUGAGCUGUGCACGCCCAGCCCCAAACUCCCCCACAUGGUCUUCACAGCGCUGAAGUCAGGCACAACAGAGUGGUUCCAUAUGAAGAAGCAGCAUCUCAAGCCCAUGGUGAAGAGCAUGGAGGAGAACGGCAAAGCCUUGUCCAGACUCCUCCUGGAGGUGUUAGGAGAUCUCCAACAGUGCCAGAAAAUCUGGAAUAGAUUUUUCAUCAGCACCUUGAAGUUGAAUCUCUUCUCCAUCGCCUACCUGGAGCUGGAGAGGCUGGUUGCGGAGCAUGUCCAGGAGCAGCUACGCGAGGUCAACAGCAGUAUGUCCAAACCCACAGCCGAGAGCCUUUUCCAGCUCUACAUGAACCUCCAGGAGCUUUAUCGGAUGAAGGACUUCCUCCCAGAGAGGGAUGGACCUCUGGCUCUGAACAAUUUCCACCAGUGGUUCAAGGAAGGUGUUCCCCAGUGGCUGCAGAAGGCCUACACCAUUGCUCUGGAGAGGGCACAGAGAGCUGUCCAAAUGGACCAGCUGACACCCUUUGGGGAGCACAACAAGCACAGCACUUCCACUGUUGACCUGUCCACCUGCUAUGCCCAGAUUGUGAAGACCUGGCAGCAGAUCAACUGGCCAGACCCUGAGGAAGCCUUCAUGAUCAUGGUGAAGCUUGUGGAGGACAUGUGUAGAAUUGCCCUGAUGUACUGCCGGCUCAUCAAGGGGAGGGCUGAGGCUCUGUCGCAGCACAAGCAGAAUGAGGGUGAAGAGGCCAACAGGCUCUGCAUCGUGGUGAACAACAUCAAGCAGCUGCGGCUGCUGAUCCUGAAGCUGCCAUCGCAGCUGGACUGGGUGCAGCUGGAGCAGCGCACGGGAGCCGUCAUCGACCGGCAGCAGAUCCAGCAUACGCUGCACAACCAGCUCGACAGCACCAUCUCCUGCCUGGAUCACGAGGUCCAGGAGGUGGUGCAAACCCUGGCCACCAAGCUGGAAAAGGGCAUUGCCAGACACAUCCAGGAGCUCUCAUCUUCUAAUGACACCAGGGAGCCUGAGGAUGCCAUCAUCCCCCUCAUGAAGUUUCUGGAGUCAGAGCUGCAGUAUCUCAAUGAGCAUCUGGUCCAGGAGAACUUUAAAAGCCUCCUCACUCUCCUCUGGCAUCACACCUUGGCCGUGCUGUCAGCAGCCAUGGGGCAGCAGGUCCCCUCAGCCCAGUGCUACAAGAAGCUGCACUGUGCCCUGAAGAGCCUGGAGCUGUGCUUCCAUGCCGAGGGCUGUGGACUGCCGCUGGAGAUGCUCCACACAGCAGUCUUCCAGUCGCUGGACACCCGCCUGGACCUCUACUCUGCCACCAGCCGCAAACUCAUCCAGAAAUACUUCAGCAACAGGAUCCAGCAGCAGCUGGAUGCCAGCUCGGAGAAGUAUGGGGCUGUGACCAUCAAAGCACUGUACUGCCCUUCGGAGCAGAAACUCCAUGUGGAAGUCCUCAAUGCUGUCAACCUCAUCCCUUUGGACUCCAAUGGCUCCAGUGACCCCUUCAUCCAACUCACCUUGGAGCCCCGGCAUGAGUUCCCCGAGGUGGUGGCCAGGGCCACCCAGUGCAAGAGGAAUGAGCGGCACCCCCUCUUUGAUGAAGCCUUUGACUUCUUGAUCCCUGCUGAGAAGUGCCGGCAGGAGGGUGCCUGCCUUCUCCUGACCGUGUUUGACUACGACAUGCUGGGGGCCAACGACCUGGAAGGUGAAGCCUUUUACCCCCUCUGCCACCUGCCUGGCCUCAACACCAAUGAGGACCCUGCUGAUGCAGGAAGGGUGCCCCAGACCCGCCUCCCUCUCACACACCCCAAACCCACUGGAGAUGAGAUUCUCCAGCUGCUGGAGUCCAGGAAGGGGGACAAAGAGGCUCAGGCCUUUGUUAAGCUCCGCAAGCAACGAGCCAAGCAGUCCAAGGAGACAGAAUGAGGCAGAGGAAGAGGGGCCUGAAAUGAGGGGCUCCAGCCAAUGGGACCCCUCUAGAAUUUUCCUGGUUCUGGGGCUAGAGCCAUCUGCAGGGACCAGGAGUGAGAGGGGGUCCCUGUGCCCUGCAAACCUUCCCAGCAUUCACCUCUCCCCCACCCUUGGGUAGCUCCUGUGAGGCUGGGGAGGGUGUACCUGGUAUUUCAGGGCAUUUCUUUGCCUGUCUGGACUAGCGACAGUACUCCAGGGAUGGGAAAUUGUCUGGCUGUCCCUGCCCACCCCCUCUUUAGCUAGUCACUGCUGGUACCACAUCUUGUGGCCAUGUCCCAGAAACUCCUGUCUGCAGCAUGCGGUCAGGGCAAAGUAAAGGCAUCAUCAUUUAUUUGGGGUGUGGACAACCAGUGGCCAAACCUGCUUUUUUCUUUCUUUUUUUUUUUUUUUUUUCCCCUUUUCAUCUAUUCUUUUCCCUCUUUUUUCCCAUGGCAUGGAUCAGCCUCUAAUUUUAAAUUAAAAACUUCAAAGCUCA